ACCAACGUCUAGAGAGCUCACGACAAGGCAAUUCCGACGCCCAAUUCCGCCCGUCAUGGCCGAACACGCGACAUACCACCCGCGGGAUGCUAUCCAUAACACCGUCCUCACGGGAACGCAAACCACAGUCAUCGGUGCCCUCAUAGCCGGUGUCCAGAACACGCUACGAAAGCAGAAUGUCGGAGCCAUGGGCGUCCUCACCCAUUCGGGACACCUUAUCGCCGUCUUUGGCACCGCGGGAGUCGCAUAUCAAUUCACAAAGGACGCGGCCGCCAACUUGCGCCGAAAGGAUGAUACCUACAAUGAGGCCAUGGCUGGUUUCGCCGCUGGUGCCACUACUGGCAUUUUCCGACGAAGCCUUCCCUACAUGCUCGGUGCCGGUGCUUUGUUCGCUACCGGCAUGGCCACAUUCAACUACGUUGGUGGAAUUCGAGGCGUAGGAGACAUUCGCGACCAGGUCGAUGAUGAUGGCGAGGUUGAACGUAGGGAAGAGUUGAAGAAAGUGCGCAGACGGCCAUUGUCUGAGACUCUGGAACAACUGGGUGAAGGCCGAGGAAUUUAUGGCCCUGGCUGGGAAGAGAGGAGGCGGCAGCGAUUGUUGGAAAAGUACGGCAUCGAUGUCAAGGCAGCCCAAGAGGCAGCAUAAACAUACAUAUACACUUUCCUACGAGUUCGCAACAUGAAAUACCCGAUCGGAAGCACACGGGCUACAUCUGUGUAAAUAUCCCAAACAAUUGAACCGUGUCCAGAAA